UGCGAGGCUGCAUAGAUUUAUGGGCGUGGUAACGCAGGGAAAAACAGUGGGUUUGCACAUGCGCAGAACCACUAAGUAGCAAAUCUCGAUGGGUAGCAUGAAUCGACAGAACACCGGCUUGUUGCUAAGCUACUCUGUAUUAUCCGCUGUUGUUGCUGUACUGCAGUUUCAGUCAAUAAUAUGGCAUACGUGUUUGUCACCCCACGUGAUUUUGCUUUAGUUAUGGAUGCCAUAAUUUUUCGUUGUAAUAUAAAGAUGUUUUAUUUGGCUUCUGCACUUUCGAUAAAGGUUUAAAGAAAAAAAAUCUAUUUUUUUGUUGAUAAAUUUGUUUAUUUAACAGUGUAAAUUUUUGUCUAUAAAGCCCGUUUUUUACUCAUACAAAAGACUUGAAAGCAAUGACCUGUAUCUGUAUAUCUUUAUCUGUAUAUAAAAAAAACGUAGUUCUGCCAUCUCAUUUCCCCGGAUGUGUCACAUGAGUAGGUCACGUGAGUUCUCGUUUUAGACACACGUGUGUACACUCUCAAUGCAGAAACUGUGCUAACGACUUUCGGUUUACUGCGUGAUAUGUACGCACGUGUGGACUUUUAUUUGUUUGUUUUUUGGGCUUUUUUUUUUUUUUUUUAACGCUUUUAUCACUUAAGUCCAAACAUUGAUUAAACACAUCGGUGUACAGUCUAUUGUCCUACUUAAAAAACAACAACAAAAAAACCCGACAUUGUCGCUAGUAAGUUUUGGAUUAACGGUACCUAGCCUGGACGUUUGAUUAGCAGCAAUCUUAAAGUUAAUUCGGCUCACCAAAUGAUAAAUCAGAGUAACUGGAAUGGGAAACACUGCGUGGUAGCCUUUCUCUAUCCUUGUAAGACUUGGAGGCUGGAAAACGUUAACUUAAGUCAGUUAUUUACAGGUGGAGUGUUAGUGUGAUUUAUUAACACCUCUGAUUUUAUGAAAAGAGUCACUCAUAUAGCACUGUAUAGCAGACCUGCUUCUGACAUAUGCCUAUGCAGUGGAAGGAGUCUGGUAGUUCCUUUAUCAUAACACAUUUGUUAGGAUUUUAGUAAAAGAAUUUGAAAUCCUUUAGGUUGAUGCAGUGAGAGCUAUUACUACAAUUUGAAAUCACAGCAGGAUUAGUUAACUGUAAAAGAUGGCAGAUUCUGCUGUGAACGUAAAGGGAAAUGGGGAAUUUGAGGAGGAGUUGAUUGCAAACAGUAAUGAAACUGAACAAGAGUUUGAGGCGCCACUUGAGCAUGAGCUCAACCCUAAGAUAGAUCUGAAUACUGAGAAACAAACACCUCGGGCCUGGAAAUGGUCGGUCUUGUUCCUCUGUUUUUAUGGCUUCAUGGUUCAGCUGAAGCCAGGCGAGUCUUUCAUCACUCCUUACCUUCUUAGCACAGAGAAGAACUUCACCAGAGAGCAGGUCACAAAUGAGAUUAACCCAGUGCUCUCCUAUUCAUACAUGGCUGUACUGGUGCCUGUGUUUCUGCUGACUGACUACCUACGGUAUAAGCCUGUCUUGGUCCUGCAAAGCAUGAGCCAUGUCUCCAUUUGGCUCCUACUACUGCUGGGCACCUCCUUGUUGGAGAUGCAGUUCAUGGAGUUUUUUUACGGCAUCACGAUGGCAGCACGUGUGGCCUACUCCUCUUAUAUUUUUUCACUUGUGCCAGCAAAUAUGUACCAGCGUGUGGCCAGUUACUCACGCUCCUCUGUGCUGCUGGGUGUAUUUACCAGUUCAGUCACUGGCCAGGUGUGUAUGUCCCUGACUGACAUCACAUAUACCACACUCAGUGCCAUCUCACUGGGCUUUGUUUCUUGUGGCCUGUUGCUCUCUUGCUGCUUGCCAUGGCCAAAACAAAGUCUGUUUUUUAACCAGGCCCACAGGCAUGACGAGAGAACUGCCACUCUCUCAGAAUUAGACAAAAUUAAACCAGAUGAAAUGGUUACACAAGGUGAAAAAGCCUCAGCAGGUUGCUGUAGUCAUCAGAUAACCUCCUCCAGCAUGAACUGUGUGUUCAUUCAGAUGUUGAAGGAGAUGCGAAAUGUUGUAAAAGUCCCCAGCCUGAGAGUGUGGAGCCUGUGGUGGGUGUUCAGCUCCCCUGGCUAUUACCUGGUGGUCUUCUACGUGCAUGUCCUGUGGAACAAUUUGGGUCAAGCAACAGAGCAGAAGCAUGUCUAUAAUGGAGGGGUCGAAGCUGCCUCAACUUUGCUUGGUGCGAUCACGUCAUUUGUGGCAGGAUUUGUGAAGAUCAGAUGGAAGGUCUGGUCGGAGCUGGUAAUUGGGGUGAUCACUGCAGCCCAGGCUGGGUUACUGCUUCUCAUGUGCACCACCAGCAACCUCUGGGUGUGUUACAUUACCUAUAUCUUCUUCAGAGGCUUCUAUCAAUUCCUUGUUCCUAUUGCUAUUUUUCAGAUUGCCUCUUCUCUGACUAAGGAGCUGUGUGCUCUAGUCUUUGGAAUAAACACUUUCCUGGGAACUAUCUUGAAGAGUAUUAUUACUCUCAUUGUGGUAGAUAAGACUGGCCUGGCUCUACCAGUACACUCCCAGAGAAAUGCAUCCAAUCUAAUUGGGAGGAUCUUCAUCAUGCAGCAAGACAAUGACCCAAAAAGCACUGCCAACACAACAAAGGACUUAAUCAGGGAAAAUGAGUGGAAGGUUUUAGACUGGCUAUGUGAAUCACCAGACCUUAACCCAACUGAGCAUACAUUCCACCUCCUGAAGAGGAGACUGAAAGGAGAAACCCUCCAAAACAAACAACAACUGAAAGAAACUGUGGUACAAGCCAGGAAAAGCAUCACAAAAGAAGAAUGCAGCAGUUUGGUGAUGUCAGUGGGUGUUAUUUACUUUAAUUGACUUUAAGAUCAUCAGUCAAAGUUGUCACAUUCUGUGUUGUUUAACAUCGAGAUAUCAGAAAAUGAAAGCUAAAAUUCUGAUCCAUCAUCUCAUAUUCAUCAUUUAAUCUCAAAACUAAAUGUCUUCAGUGUAUAGCAGAAACAAAAGAAUUGACCUUGGCAUUACAAUCCUUUUAUGGGGACUGUAUUCCAGUUUAUACCAUAGUCAAGUGAUUUGUGAAAAGACUAUUUUUGAAAAUGUUCUGCAUUCCACCCACCAGUGUACAUAUACAUUCAGAAUGAACAGAUAAUUUAUUCUAAAAAUGCAUACAAAUAUGCAUUUGAAUAUUCUGCACUAUGUUAUUUUUUGCUGGAAAACUUCACAAGGCACCUAGUUGAAACUAGAGGUGUCCAGAUGUAGUGUCUAUAUAAUAAUGCCUCAUUCAACUUGUGUCUUAAGUGGCAAUUCACAGGUCAAAUUGAUGUCAUUUUCGACCUCGGUACAUUCAACAUAUGAAGUGGGGGGGGCCUGGAUGUCUUUUGUUAGCAACAAACUAGCCAGUUAACUGUAAUGAGUGACUUAUAUUUUUCUCCAUGCAUGUUGAUUGAUCUAAAUCACAUUGAUCUAAAACACAUCUAAAUCACAAACUGCAAAUGCAGUUUAAGUGUUUUAUUUUAGAAGCAGGUAGUCAAAUCCAAAUCGUAAAUCAAAAUCAGUAAACUGAACACAGGCACAGGACAGGCCAUCAGCGAACAGCAAAAGCAGGGAUAAUCCAAAAUACACUAACAAGGAAACGAAACUAGAUCAGUGACUUGGCUCGGAAAAACACUGAACGUUACUUAGCACUGAACACAGAGAUACAAGGGUUUAAAUAUACUAAUUAAAGGUAAACUGUAAACAGGUGUGACACGAGGUAGACAACCAAUGAGAGGACAUGGCUGAAGACAAAACAUGAAUCACAAUGGAAACAUGUUGCACACUGAAGUCUUCUGGAUGCUGCACCCGGUGUGAGGCGGAGAUUCCCGACGCCAACAUUUUUAGCCAUUCACACUGCUUCUGUCCUCUCACACUGCUUCUGUCAUCUACUCUAGGACUGUUAACAUUCGAACUUUGGAUAUUCAUUGAAUUUAAGAAAAUGCACAUUCGAAUGCAAAAACUGUGCAUUUGAAUUUAAGAUAUGUAGCAAGCACUAGCACCGAUUUUAAUUAAAACAUACUGUUGAAAAAAUAACGCAAAAUAUUAACAAUGCACUAAAUGUUUGAAGAAGAAAAAUCUAGAAAGAAUAGUUCUAGUGUUUCAAAUAAUCCAGACAUAGUCAGUAAUGUCUGGGAUUGAGCCGCUUAAGCUGCCCGAGUUGAAGCCGAACAGUGAAAGAACACUGGCAAAGUGAUUCAUUUUACUAGUGGGUUAAUUAACUCACCCAAACGCAUCCUACACACAAAUGAGAUUAAUCGAACAUAUAUACAACAUAAACGUAAUAUUACAAAUUGUUUCUGCACAAAAUGACACAAAGAACUUGAGUAGCAUAACAACGUACUAAAACACUAAAAAUGAAUAACUAAAGCAUAAAGAAUUCACAGUAUUUUAUUACAGUAGUGUAGUCAUUGUAAUGUUCUUAUUUCAGGAGAUCAGGUUUUCACAACAAGGGCAGUUUUCACAUGAUUUUUUGUUGUAAUAUAAUAUGUGUGAAUACUUGGUUUAAUUUUUGUAUUUUCUCGUCAACUAAAAUGCUGUUGACUAAUUCACUGCCAUUUUAGUCAGAGUAAGAUUGACUAAAAUGAAUAAAUGACAUGUAAAUAAAUAGUGUAUUGAAAUUAUUUCUGUGACAAUUUAUUGUCCAACCAAGUAAAAACAUUGUUAUUGUGACAGGCCUAUAUAAGUAUAACUCAUUUAAAAGUAAGAAGAUUACUUGUGAUGAUGUGUGCAGCCAUGGUGAUUUGAUGUCACUUCAUAAAUAGAGAAGGACUAAAAGACUAACCCAAGUUGACGAGUAGGUUUUCUUUGGCGUUUCCUGUUUGGAGAUUUUUUCCUGUUUGAAGAAUUUUUCUCCAAUCACCUAAUGGUUACCAUAAAUAAGAAUCCACUUACUACCUUCUGAAAGGACUAUAUAGGAAAUGUAUUGCGUAGAAGUACUGUACUUGCCCUUGUAAUCUGAUUAAUAAAUUAUACUUUGAAAGAGUGUAUUAAAACAUUAACAACAGCGCAACAGUUCUAUUGUCUGCCAUUUCAAAACUCUACAUGCUACAUUUGUCAGUAGCUCAAGGUCCUCUAGAAACUAGAAACCUAGAAGUAGUAUAAACAAAGAUGGAAUUUAAUGAAGAAAUGUAAUGGUGUCUGAUCUGGUAUGCCUGGCAGAUACAUUUUAUGUCAAUUG